AAUCAGUGAAUAGGCAUUUGUUCCACUGACAUGCGACAGGCCGGAUGGUUGAGUGAAAGGCCUUGAGGUGAAAUUACAUGGAAUCAAGGAUGCGACCGUGUCGCCAUAGGAGACAGGAGAGAUAGGGCACCAUCAAAAAGAAGAUUGUUGAAUAUUGCGAAACAAGGUGAGACCACGAAUACUGCUGUUGAUGCGUUUUGCAGAAGGCAUCGUCAUCGUCUCUCAUCUGCGGAAGAUGAAUAACACUUCAAGUACGCCGAGACGCGGGCUCCUCGGAAGGAUACCCAUCGAAGCAUUCACUUUUAUUUUGCGCUGUAUACGCAAAAUAACCACCACCCUGAGGGGGCUCCUCCCAAACAUACUCAACACCUGUAUAAAAGAAGAGACUCUUCAUAGGAUGCAAAUCAAAUCAACUAGUGGCCGAAUAGAAGAAACAUGAAGUGGGUGAUAAUUGCGCUGUCAUUCUUAACAACGAGUCGAGCGAGUUUAGAGCCAACGGGCUACAAACCACCGGUCACAUCGGCAACGUCCGACCAGUAUCUACCCCCAACUUACCGCGUUGCAUCACCACGGGGAGUCCUAACACCGGAAUCCCAUUAUCUUCCACCGAAUCACCAAAGCUUACCCCAAAAUGUAAUACCAAAUUCUCUGUACUUACCGAGUGCUCGCCCACCGAGUAGCCUCCACAAUUCAGUAUUCCCCUCAUCGCUCUCACUACUCAACGAACGCUACUUACCCUCCCAUCAUUCCUCUCCACCAAUUGCCACCCCAAGUCACCAUCAUGCAUCAGAUACCACACAAGAUAGCCGUAUCGGUCAUCAUGUAUCACCGACCUCAUCCCCGUCUACCUCACCACCCCGUAUAACUCAACACACUGCCAAUCGGAAUAUCGUUUCCUCUCAAUAUCUACCCCCGAGUCAGCGCGAUGAGACAUUCACCGAGGCAAUACCCUCAUCCACCUAUGUGCCGGCUAAUCAGAAUCAAUACGCUGAAAUCCAGCCCUCAAUAUCGAUCGUAUCCUCUAAUACCUAUCUAACGCCAAACAAGUUCUCAACUGCGUCGCCUGGAGGAUUCUCAGGAUCACAUCUCGAUCGUAGCGAUAGCCACUUAAACUCGGGCAGACUGAGUCAACCAGCGGGACACUACUAUCCCGAUAGUGGUUACGACAUAUCAGGAAGAAGUGGGGGAUACAUGUACGAGCAACCUCCAGCCAAGUACCAGUUUGAAUACCGGGUGAAUGACGAAUACGGUAAUGAUUACAGUCACAAAGAGUCGCGGGACGGUGAUAAUACCCAGGGCGUCUACACAGUCCUCUUACCAGAUGGUCGUAAGCAGAUUGUUCAUUACAAGGCCGAUCGAAAUGGCUACACGCCAACGAUCACGUACGAGGAUGCUGCACCAGGGAAGUCUGGGUACAAUCAAGGAUACUAGUUGGAUUAUCACAAUUUUAUCUCGCGCCAUAAUCUCAUUAUUUAUAUUAGAUGGAAUCUAUCAUUAUUAAACAAUGCAAUUGAAGAAGAUUUUUUGUAUCUACACCUAAAUACAAUAAAACGUCUGUUAUUUAAAUGCACUCUGUCAAGAGAAGAACGGACUCCAUAUUCCAAAAAUAAUUUCUAGACUAGAAAAAAAAGUUUCGUCAAGAAAUUUUUACUUUUAUGAAAAACGAUAAUAUCUGAUAAGAAAGGGAGUUCUCAUACUCAUGCAUAAGUGAUCAAUUUGGAGAUGGAACUCAAAGGUUAUUCCCCGAUUCUGCCGUCUAACUGUGGAACCGACCUUUCUAUAAAUUUUAUCUUCAUUAAUAAUUGAUAAAAAUCCGAAUUAUUCAGAAUAAAAAUGUGAAAGUCAGAUCACUUGACGCCCUCAUGGUGCAUUAAAAAUUGAGGACAGUCAUCCGAUUUCCAAAUUCUGAGGGAUUCUGAAUUCCACAUAUAUCAUGGACUCCGUGACAUGUCAGUAAAUUUUUAGCAGCCUAUAUCUGAUGUAUUGGAUCAUUAUUCAUAUAUUGUAUAACGAACUUUGUAUUGCGUCAAAUUGAAGAUAAUAAACUUGA